AUGCAAUCGAUCAGCCCAAAAGAAUCGCCCAUUGAACCACCUCCCAAAAAGCGAUUACUUACCCCUGGGAGUGAGCAAAACCCAUCUGAAAACCCGAGCAUGUCAACUCAAUCCAGAAUCGCCAUGCCGCUGGACUCGGGGAUUUCUUACAAGCCAAUCUUCCAAUCCAGCCAUGAGAUUCCAGCUUUCUUCCCGACAUAUCGUUGGUGGGAAGAUGAAGCGACAACUGUAUUCUGGGCGUUCGAAAUCGAACAAGUUAGCCGUGUGAUUCGAUUCGGACUCUUUCACGACGAAAACUUCCCGAGGACUUCUCUUUGCGCUCGCAAUCCCGACACCAUCGACACAUUUUUGGUUGCACUGUCCGAGGCUCAUGAGUAUCAGAAUCUUGGUAAUCUCUCCCAUAUACAGAGGGUGGAGGAAAUUCUCCGCCGAUCCAGUAUCCCUCGUUUCCAGGCUAUUCCCUGGAGUUGGUUCCCGCAUCAAUCUAGUCUUACUCUAGAUCCGCUGGCAAUCGCUAUGGCGAUUGAGACCGAGAGCCAUUUCCACUUUAGGCAAAUUGCCUUUGAAGAGCUUGUACGUGCUGCUCUUGGAUACAACGCUAUCUCCGUCCAGUGGUUCCUACAACAACAUACCGCUCUUUACAUCAUUAUCAUAAACCAUCUACAAGCCUAUCCGGGGGAUAUCUCCCUGUACGCAGAUGUAGAAACGCAUCUGCGAUUGCGGAGUCCAUUUGCUCACCGGGCGCUGUAUCAUAGUCUUUUGGCUGUGCGACCUGGCGGCUAUCGUGAUAUACCUCAACCCAAACCCACCGGAUUUGAAUUUGCCGCAGGUCCUAUCCAGAGUCUAUUCAAAAAGCAGGUUGGAAGUCUUGCUAAUAUGCUCAAAACACUAAGUGUUUUGGGUAUUCGAUUUCGCCGACAGUAUCAUCACGCUGCUGCAAUGAACUGGAUGGCACCAUUUGAUACAUCGAUCCCUUUCUUGGAAGAUUGUCUGACGGCUUCGUCACCAACGGAGUUGGCCGACAAUAUAAGUUACCUAGACGAGCACCGUUUCGCCGAGAUAACGACACAAUCACUGCUAAUAGAUGAAACGGCUGUGAAAUUACAGCUUCAUUGGCAGGCUCUGACCAUUUCUGUCUGGGAGUGCUGCUGUGCCCUCCCAGAGUUGAUUCCAACUCUACAAGAAUGUGCACAGUCUCUGCUGAAAAGGCGCAAAAAUUACCAUUCUCUUAUGGCUAUUCUCAACGGCCUUCGCGACUACACUAUUUCAAAAAUGCCCAACAACGUGGGAAGCAGCCCUGGAGCUCCAACCACCCUUGAAGCUUUGAUUCCGGCCGAAGUUGUUUCUCUCAUAGACCCGGUUGGGAACUACCACAACUACCUCCAGUUUUACAAACAAUUCCCUGGAAUCCCAUUUCUGACCCCUCACAUUCGUGAUUAUGAGCAGAACGGCAACAAAGCGCUUCAGCCAGUCAUUCAGUAUUUGAACGAUUUACCAGGUCAGCAGCCUGCUUAA